GUUCGGCCGACACUUUUCAUCUUUUCUUCUAACUUAAGAUUAGUUAUUUUCAUUAACUAAAUUGGCAACCGACUGCCAAUUUAACUCUUCUUGAAAGUUUGCGGCAACCAUUUCUUCAAAUUACGAUGAAGGUAGGAAGAAGAUUUUGAUUAUAAGUCGGAUGGUUUUGCAUAUUUUCAAGUGUUCCUCUGCAUUCUUAUGGAAUUAUACAUUCAAAUGACACUCUCAGAAUAUAAAAGCAGUAUGGCCAACUUCGUAACUCUAUUUUUGGGGUUGCAUCUUGCAAGAAGAACAGCAUCGAGGAGAUACAGUCAAAAACAGCGACAUCAUCACCAUCCAGCAUUCUAAUUCAUCUCAUUUGCGCAUCAAAAUCCACACCCAAAAACACAUGUGACUGUAAAUCUUGAUCACUAUACAUCAUUGAGUCAGAAUCAAAAACAGUUAUUAUAAUAUUCGCCACAAAAGACAACUCGCAAUAAAAGCCCACCAGCGACCUUGCAUCGAAACUCUCAAGCUAUCGCAGAACCAUCAAAUACAUGGCUUCGAAUGGGACAAUGACAACGGUGGGGAUGGGGGGUUGGGAUGAGAAGUGGAUGGAGUCAUUCUAUGAACCAGUGCCAGAUGGAGAACACACUAUGGUGGCCAUCAUCCUCCUCUUCCUCACCCUCUUCGGACUCAUCGGCAACCUCACUGUCAUAUACAUAUUUCUAUCGACUAAGAGUCUGCGCACUCCUAACAAUGUGCUGCUGGUGAAUCUGUCCCUCAUAGACCUCAUCAUGGUCCUCACCUGCCAGCCCAUGUUCAUGAUCUCCAGCUUCGAGAAGGAGUGGAUAUUCGGAGAUUUCGCUUGUGACGUGUAUGGUGCCUUCACCUCCUUCGGUGGCUGUGGCUCCAUAAUCGCCAUGACGGCCAUAGCAUAUGACAGGUACAUAAUGAUCUGUUUCGCGGCGGAUGCCAACCGGAUAGCGAGUAUCUCCCGCUCUGUGCGCAUUGCGGCCAUGGUCUGGCUCUACACUUCGCUCUUCGCCAUUCUGCCCUCAUUCGGCAUCGGUGGAUUCGUCAUGGAUGGCUACAUGACCAGUUGCACGUUCGACUACGUCACUCAGGACCUGACUACUCGCAGCUUUGUGAUCUUCAUGUACAUCAUGGUGUUCAUGGCCCCCAUGCUACUCAACAUCUACUUCUACUACUCAAUCUUCGAAACCGUCAGGAACUCCUCCGCCUCCGACAAGAAAGAGAAGAAACAGCAAAGCAAAGAGUUGGCGAUUGCGAAGGUGGGUCUGACGUGCAUCGUGUUCUUCGGAAUAGCAUGGACUCCUUACGCACUCAUAGCUCUGGUCGGACAGUUCAGCGGACCAGAGAACAUUCCGCCAAGACUGUCAACUCUGCCUGCUCUGUUUGCGAAGUCUAACUGUGUGUACAACGCAUACAUCUAUGGGUUCAUGCACCCCAAGUACAAGUACCAGAUCAAGAAAAGAUUCCCUUGCUUCAAAGACCCCAUAGAAGGCAGCACCACUGGCGUCUCGCAGUCCACUGGGCACUGAGGGGGGUGGGAAAACUUACAACACGGACCUGGCACAACAGAAAUGGACGACACGGCAAAUGUAUGAGGCAACUUUUGGAUUCACGACAGCCAAUUGGGAUGCGAUGACCGGACAGUUCACUGAAUUUGCUGUGAUAUAAUUAUCCAGGAAACAGGUCAAACUCGACUGAUACACUCAAACUGCCACAGCGACUAAGGAACUCUAACUGGACUCUUUUUUUACUCCGGUGAUCCCAAGAUGACCCUUCCCUAUCUACCAUCAUCUAUCGGCAUGCCAAUCAACAACAGCGACAACAACAUCAACAUCACAGCAUGCUAACUUUUCAUUCUUUAAUUCAACUUUUCCUUCA